AAGGCCGUGGUUUACUUAUUAGUUGACUAGUUAAAUAUUGGUUAGGUUCAAGCAAGGAGGUUUUGUAUGAUAAAACCUCAUUGGUUAAAGUUACUGGGUUGGGUCGCUGUCUUCUAUCUAACGUCCUUGGUCGGAAGCAGAGAUCUCAAGAUACAUACCAGCACCAUGCACCAGUAGCCACCCACCACACCAUGGAGGAUCUUCUGAAGAGAGAGUUGAACACGACGAAACUGCGGCCCAUCGGUGGCGGAGGCGGCUGUAUCAACCAUGGCGAGGGGUACGAGACUGAUCACGGGAAGUUCUUUGUCAAGAUGAACGGUGACAAGGGGGCAAGAGUGAUGUUUGAAGGAGAACAUGCCAGCUUGGAGGCCAUAGCAGCUACUGGUACUGUAACAGUGCCUAAACCUAUCAAGGUUUUAGAUGACCCAAGAGGAAGAGGAGCCAUGCUGAUUAUGGAACAUGUAGACAUGGAGGGCCUGAGGUCGUAUGCUGACCAACUGGGAGAACAAAUAGCAAGGUUGCACCUCUGCAAUGAAGAGGUGGCUAAAAAGGCAGCAGCUGGUUCAUCCAGAGUCGGACACGGUGGGGAUGCAGCACCAGCGUACGUGUCGCAGUUUGGCUUCCACACAACAACAUGCUGCGGCAUCUUCCCUCAGGAUAACACAUGGUUAGAUGACUGGGUGGCCUUCUUUGCAACCAGAAAACUGAAAUUCCAGUUGGACCUGGUCGAGAAAGAUUACCAUGACAGAGAGACCCGUGACCUUUGGCCCCAGCUGGAGCGGAAGCUGCCCAAGUUUUUCGAGGGCCUGAAAGUGAGCCCGUCACUACUACAUGGAGACCUCUGGGGAGGGAAUGCUGCUGAGAAUGAUAAAGGACCAGUUAUAUUUGAUCCGGCAUCCUUCUAUGGCCAUCAUGAGUUUGAGAUGGCUAUAGCUUCCAUGUUUGGUGGAUUCGGAGGAAGCUUUUUCUCAGCGUACCACAAACUUCUUCCAAAAGCUCCUGGCUGGGAGGCCAGGCAUGAACUGUACAAACUCUUCCACUACUUGAAUCACUGGAAUCACUUUGGGUCAAGAUACAGAGAAUCCUCAGUUAGUAUCAUGAAGUUUUUUUUUAAGGAUUAUUGAUGAUGUUACAAGAAACCUGUAACUGUUACUUGUAUUGAAGUUCAAUUAUUAAAAGGGCCUUUUAAGGUUAGUCACUUUGAAUGUGGAAAUUUGUACUCGCUGCGCAGCAAUACUUCACAUGGAAAACCUUGCUGCCUUGAAAUUGUAUAUUACAUAUUACAUAUUACACAUAUUAUAUAUGUAUUCGAAUUGAUGGUAUACGUCUUUUGCAAAAAAAGUGAGGGCAAAUGUUUCUGUAAAUCUUACAUUUGCAGCAGUUUCACAGUGACCUCUCGAUUGUAAAUUCAUGUCACCAGGAAAAUGCUGGAACCACUAAUAAUCUUAAAGGCCAAUACAUAUACAUGUGUACUAGAAAGAUCGAUGACACACUUUUGUUUCUACUAAUACUUUUUUUUAAUGUGGUGUAGUUAAAGAUUUAAAACCUUACAUCUGUUUGCGCUCAAGUACAUGAUGUCACUGAUCACUACAACCCAAGAUGAUCUACAUAAUAGAUGUUACAGUAGCAAACAUGUAUGUAUGUUUGGUCUAUGCAAAAUCAUCACAUUUUCAAACACGCAAUUAUUAGUUCAAAACCUUCAAAAUCACAUCAAAUAAUAUUCAUGUUAGUUUUCAACACAUCUGAUGCACAAUACACAUAAUGCUCCUAUGCUAAAAUUAAAGGUGAACUGACUUUCGUCGUCGAGGAGAGA